AUGCCCGACGCGAUCCUCUCAGACAGUGUCUCGAAGCGCACUGUCAAGGUCGGCAUCACCGGAAAGUACGGUACCCGUUACGGUUCCUCGCUGCGUCGCUCGGUCAAGAAGAUCGAAAUCUCGCAGCACUCGCGCUACACCUGCACCUUCUGCGGCAAGGACUCGGUCAAGCGCACCGCUGUCGGCAUCUGGGAGUGCAAGGCCUGCAACAAGGUCAUUGCUGGUGGUGCUUGGGCCCUCUCGACCACGGCCGCCGCUACCGUCCGAUCGACCAUCCGUCGUCUGCGUGACCUCACCGAGGCCUAA